AUGGGUCUCCUCUCGUCCACUCCCCAACAUCAACCCACCUCAGACGACAAUGCCAUCGUGACUUCUUCCACCAACAAUUCCACGACGCCAGACGACAAGAUGGCCGCCGCUCCAGGCCGUCACAGCGACAACUCGCUGAGUCUUGCCGACAAGAGCGAAACCAUCGAGCUCCAGCUGCGCGCCACCCAAUCAUCCGCCGUCCACAAGGAUGACCUCCAUCUCGACCGUGAUGGUCGCGACAGCAUCGCCGACGGCCAGGUCACAGACUACCGCACCUAUCGCCGCCGCUGGUUCGGCGUCGCACAGCUGACAAUGCUCAACAUUAUUGUGAGCUGGGAUUGGCUCACCUUUGCGCCUGUCGCCUCGAGCGCCGCAACCUACUACAACGUGACCGAGACGUCGAUCAACUGGCUCUCGACGGCAUUCCUCUUCUCCUUUGUCGUCGUUUCGCCCGUGACCAUCAAGAUCCUGCACAUGGGGCCCAAGCUCUCCAUCAUGGUCGCCGCCGCCCUCGUGCUUAUCGGCAACUGGGUGCGCUACGCCGGAUCGCAUUCGAGCAGAGGGGGCACCUAUGGCGUCGUCAUGUUUGGCCAGAUCCUGACCGGCCUCGCCCAGCCCUUUGUCCUGGCGGCGCCGACUCGGUACUCGGACAUGUGGUUUUCGAACCGUGGCCGCGUCGGCGCCACUGCUCUCAUGAGCUUGGCGAACCCCUUUGGAGCCGCCAUCGGUCAGCUCGUGGUGCCCUUCAUGGUCGAGAAGCCGUCGCAGAUGUCCCAAGGCGUGCUCUACGUCUCCAUCAUUUCCUCCGUCUGCGCGCUGCCCGCCUUCUUCAUCCCCGCCGCACCGCCGACGCCGGCCUCGGCCUCGGCCCUGACGUCCAAGCUGCCCCUCGUGGCCUCGCUGCGCACCGCCUCGCGCUCCCUCGAGCUCUGGCUCCUGCUCAUCCCCUUUGCCUUUUACGUCGGCUUCUUCAACUCGUGCUCGUCGCUGCUCAACCAGAUGCUCAACCCCUACGGCCUCUCCGACGACGAGGCCGGCAUCGGCGGCGCCCUCCUCAUCGUCGUCGGCCUCGUCGUCGCCGCCAUCACGUCGCCCAUCCUCGACCGCACAAAGGCCUUCCUGCCGUCCAUCAAGUGCGCCGUGCCCCUCAUCGCCACAGCCUACCUCGCCUUUGUCUGGAUGCCCGAGACGCGCGCCGUCGCCGGGCCCUACGCCGUCCUCUCGCUCCUCGGCGCCGCGAGCUUCGCCCUCGUCCCCGUCGCCCUCGAGCUCCUCUCCGAGAUGAGCCACCCCAUCAGCCCCGAGGUCACGAGCGUCCUCGCCUGGGCCGGCGGCCAGCUGCUCGGCGGCUGCUUCAUCCUCAUCUCCGACGCCCUGCAGGCCGGCCCCGACGCCGACCCGCCCCUGCACAUGAAGAAGGCCCUCGUCUUCCAGGCCGUCGUCGCCCUGCUCGUCGCGCCGCUGCCGUUGUGCCUCGGUCUCUUUGGCCGCGCUGAUAAAGUCAGCCUGCGGCGCGUCCGAUCGGACACGGCCGCGUUGUCGGCGUGA